AUGUCAUCCCCAUACGAUCGCAGAGGCGCACAGGCGCGUCGAGGAAAUCUCUCUUACUGGUUACCACUAGCUUUCACCGUUACUGCAGCCGCAGUAGGUGUAGUAGCAUGGAUAUGGAGUACGAGAGGUGAUGAAGAUGACGAUGAUGAUAACAGACCCCUUCAACGUUCAGGAUCAGAAUAUGGCAACAGAAACUCGGAUGGCAGCUUUGGAACAGGCUCUCCUUCGCACGCCGGCGAUUUGCGACCGGGUGAAUCUACGAGAGAUCAGCAACAACAACAACCACCACCACAACCUCGGCGUCCUGAUGAGUCCCAAGGUUACAUAGCUCAAAUGUCAGGUGCACUACAUAGAACACCUAGUCCACAGCAGUUUAUCAAUAGCGCUGGUAGAAGUCUUGCGGCUGGAGCCGCUGCUGUUGGUGGAGUUGUGGGGAGUGCUCUUUCUUCAAUCAGGGAGGAAGACAAACACGGAUUUGACGACCAUAGAACAUGGCAGGAGGAAUCAGUUAUACGACGAAAUGCUACCCCGAGUCCACCUGCAACUACAACACCAGCCCCAGGGCCAAUCGAGCUGCGUUCUGAUAGCCCUGCAGGAGUGUCUGCAGGUGUUGCCCCAGCACCUCGAGCACCAGUCAAAAAUGGAAAGAGGAAGACUGUAGCCAUUGUAGUUUCUGCAGAAUCACAAGAUGAUGACGCAGCAUCCGAAGCAGGUUAUCAUCAUGAAUUUGCGUCAAUCCUCUCCCAUCUUCCUCGCAAAACCGACUUCUCGAAAUUACGACUCUUCGUUCUAAUAUAUGCACCAGGAUUAGUGGAGCAUCCGCUGGAUGCCGCAGGUGGGAAAGCCGGUGGAUCUCUCAGUUCCUCGUUUUCGAACAUUGGCCCUGGAGAUGUUCAUACACCUGGGGAAGAGAGCGACAGACAAUUAACUCCGAUGUUUCCUCCAAAGGGUUCGACGAGUCCGCUCGCAUUCGGCACAAUCUAUAACGAAGCAUUAGGUUUAGUGGAAAAGGAGACCAUGGUCCUACCAUUCACCACCCCAACUGGGCAUGUCCAUAUCCUUCGCAAUAUCGCGCCUGAUUUUAUAUAUUUACAAGAAUCCCUCGCCGGAGAAAAUGGAUCGGUCAUUAACCAUCUACAAAGUUGGUUCCGGGAAGAUGUUGUCCUAAUUGUAGGCGCUGAUGGAGGCCACGGUGGACUUGCAGAUAGUGAAUCCGAAGCUGAGAGUCAAGUGUCAGGAACAAAGGAACAAUGGUGGGAAAGAGAAGAUAGAGUUGGUCUUGGAAGGGGCGUCGUUGUAGUAGAGGGAAAUCGUGUUGGAGAUUAUUGGGCUAGAAAGGUUCUUGGUGUGGAAUAA